CACGAUGCAUCGACAAGGGCCGGAACCAACAUCGCACGAUAGCACACCUCAGUUCAGUUCCAGAGUAAAUCUCACAAUUCGUCGAAGCAGAUUCCCUUAUCUGUUGAACGGUGUCCAAAGAUAGAGCAGUCGUGCAAAUCUGUCCCGGUUAUCAGUUUUUCUGCUGUUUUGCACCGUAAAUAAGCUUCUGAUUGGUUGGUCUUGGUAAUUGACGCGAAAGGCGCGCGCGCAUGUGUGAGCGAAUUGGAAGAUUUGUCUUUUGUUCGCCAAGAUCACGUCGCCACCAGUCGUUGGCAGACAGUGUGCAGCACAAAAGCGAAAGCGAUGUUCUCCAAAUUGGUCGAGGAAUUCAGUGGACUUAGUCCGUCCAGGCAGGCCUUACUGGUGGCUGCCGGCGUGGGAACGAUAGCCGUUGGAGCGGUAGGCGCUUGUCACAUCAAGAAGAGGAUCGACAAUACUCCACCGAAGCUUUGGCGCCGCGUUGGAGAGAUCAACGAGAUCUAUGUGUUUCCCAUCAAGUCAUGCGCUCCGAUCCGGAUGAGUCGGGUCAAGUGCUCCGAUUUGGGACCUCAACGGAAUAUGAUGCGCGAUAGGAUCUUCAUGGUGACGAACCUGGAGGGCAAAUGGGUCACGGCCAGGCAGAAGCCGAAGAUGGUGUUGAUUCAACCGCAGUUCGACGACGGUUACAAGCAGAUGACUUUGUCCGCACCGGGAAUGGAUGACAUCACGAUUCCGGUUGGUGCGUUAUUUGAACAGAAACCGAUAAAGGGAGUGGUUUGGGGUGAAACGGUCCCAACGGUGGACUGUGGAGAUGAAGUUGCCAAAUGGCUGUCGACGUAUUUGCUGGAAAAGCCUGAAGGCUACCGACUGAGGUUCUAUCCCUUGGAUAAGACUUCGCGCGUGAAGAGUGAUGACGAUUCGGGUGCCCUGCAAGAUGAAACCAGUUACAUGCUGUUCAACACAGCAACAGUGGAAGAUUUGAACACACGCCUCGAUAAGAAGGUAUCAGUGCUGCAGUUCAGACCAAAUUUUGUCGUCAAGGGUCCCCCGGCUUACGCUGAAGAUGAUUGGCGAUGGGUGAAGAUCGGAAGCACAGUGUUCAAAUACGUUAAGCCAUGUCUGCGAUGCGUGUUCACGAACAUUGAUCCGGAGAAGGGCUCGAGCAGCGUAGAAGGACAACCCCUGAAGACCCUGAAGAGCUAUCGCAGAAAACCGGAAUUCGGAGAGGCACCUGCAUUUGGCAUACAUCUAGGCUUGAGAGUUCCCGGUGAGGUUAGCCUCGGAGAUCCAGUAUACUAUGGAUGAAUUAAUCGUAUGCCUUGUAUAAAUUUUAAUAAAUUUGUUGUAUUUUUAAAACAA